GUCUGAUUUGUGAAGCAGCUCUGACAAAUAAAAAGCAUGUUUGACAGCAUCCCGGGAUAUGAAGGAACUUCGGGUGACGGAGGUGUGUAUCUUCCUCCUCCAAUGCCCUCUGUGCUGAUGCCUGUGCCGGAAGCCUCCAGCCAUCCGGAAUGGCACGGCAACAUACCUUCCAUCUCAGAGGAGAGAGCACAUGAAGCUUUUGAAGAUUACGUCUCCAGCAAGUGCUGCUAUCGUUCUGGCCCCGUCAGAGAUGGAGUUAUUACCAACAUGGAGUCUUUUAACACCUACAGGUAUCGUUUGGAGACGUUCACAGAGUCCAGAUCUACUAAAUUGAGUCAGGAGCCAUACAGAGGGCAGCAUGCCGAUGCUGGGAUUCAGCGUGCUCCUGAACCAUGGGAGAUUGCAGCUCAACCUCCGUCCUACUUUACUGAGCACAAGGAGACCAUUAGAGUGCCCUACACUUCCUCAGUCAAGAAAUGUGACCCAUGCAGUGGAAUGGGAAAAACACCCUGUGUUUUUUGCAUUGGAAGUGGAAGCAAAGUGUGCUCUUGGUGUAACGGUUCUGGCCAAUGUCCUGAUGGGGCCUGCUAUGCAUGUGGCAGUAGUGGACGUGAAAGAUGUAGUUCAUGUGGCGGCAUCGGCUUCCACAUAUGUAACACCUGUGAUGGAAACGGACAGCUACUCGUCUUCAUCAAUCUCAUAGUCGAAUGGAGCACUGAGAGGGAUGAAUAUGUAGGGGAAGAUUCGAGCGGUCUAAAACAGGAAAAGCUGGGGAAGGUUUCAGGGAAGGAGCUCUUCAGAGACGGCCAGAUUAUGGUCUCUCCAGUGCUGGGUUUCCCUGAUGUUUCUGUUGCACAAGCAUCUGAGCGUAUAAUAAGGGACCAUCGGGUGAAAUAUACCAAUAACUCACGCAUAUUACAGCAGAGGCAGACCAUUGAGCUCAUUACCAUAACAAGGGUGAACUACACUUGGAAAGAGAAGCCCUAUGUUUACUAUGUGUAUGGAAAUGAGUUGAAAGUGAACGCUGAGGACUAUCCCGCCACCUGCUGCUGUUCUGUGAUGUAACAUCAAAUACACCUGACCUGACAUACAGUAGAAGUGUAACAGAAAUACUGUAUGUCCAUUUAAGAUGAACAAAUGUAAUGGUU